AGAGGGAGAUUUGUACUGAUGGUACGUGACGUUAUAUUGAUAUCGGUGACGAAUCUUAAGGAAAUUGGUGUAACUUGAAGUUGUGAGGUGUGUGGAAAACAAUGGAAAGUGAAAGAACUACUCAAGUUUCUAUUGUAACAAGGUUUUUUAGGCGAAUUUCUCAAAUAUACCAGCAGCUCUUGGAUGCUUGGACACCCUAUUCCAUUAUUCGAUGGAUUAUAACAAUUCUUUUGCUUGCAGUAUAUAUGGUACGAGUUCUGUUAUUACAGGGAUGGUAUAUAAUUACUUAUGCUUUAGGUAUUUAUCAUCUUAACCUAUUCAUAGCCUUCCUCACGCCCAAAAUUGACCCUGCACUGCAUGACGAUGACUUUGAUGAUGGUCCUAGUUUGCCAACAAAAUCAAACGAGGAAUUUCGUCCUUUUAUUAGAAGAUUACCAGAAUUUAAAUUUUGGUAUUCUGCAACAAAAGCCAUAAUUAUUGCCAUGGCUUGCACAUUUUUUGAAGCAUUCAACAUCCCAGUUUUUUGGCCAAUUUUGCUUUUAUAUUUCUUCACUCUGUUUUGUAUUACCAUGAAAAGACAAAUAAAGCACAUGAUCACGUACAGCUAUUUGCCUUGGACACGAGGGAAAACUAUUUACUACGGCAAAGACGAUUCAGGGAAAGUUAUUCAAGCAAAUCCUGACCAGUAGAGAGCUUGAUUGAUGAAGAGGAAAACAUCAUUUUAGUCACCUGUGCACUUCUCCCUAACAUGUACAUCUCUUUCGAUCCUAAUGUUGUGUCAUCAGAUACUGUAUAAAUUGAUAAAUUAAAUUCUGAACUUCUUUCAAAUCUGUCUUCUUUGCCCCCUUCUUUUUUAUUAUAUUUUUGUCCACUACACCUGGUUGCCUGUUUCUGGUAAAGCAGGCCUGUUUGUUUUCAGCUCUAACCAGCAGAGGGCUUGGGUGAUGAAGAAGAAAACAUCAUGUUUAGUCAUCUGUGCAUUUCUACCUAAUGUACAUCUCUUUCGAUUCUAUUGCUGUGUCAUUAAACUCAGUAUAAAAGAUAACUGGAUUUUAUUUUCAUCUGUUUUUGUUUUUUUGUAAUCAUUAAUCUACAAAUCUGUAUUUUGUUCAUAAUAAUUAUUAUCCUAGUGUUAACUUCUACAGGACUGUAUAUACCUCUUACAAGAAGAAGAAAAUAAAUAAAAUAAUCAUCUUCA